AUGGCUGUGAUGUACUCCUGUUGCUCAGAAGGACAAUGUGACAUGUUGUACAAUCAAACAUUCAACCUGGAUCAAGUUGCAUUCACUUCAGAAGGGAUUAAAGAUGCUCAGCAAAAUAUGAGAACUUUGAAAUUAGCAAACAAAGAGCUGAAAGGAAUGAUGAAAACUGUGAAGAUACAAGACAUUGAUAAUAUGCAAGAUGAAAUGAUGGACAUGAUGGAUAUAAGCAGUGAGAUACAAGAAUCUGUUGGUAGAAGUUACAGUGUGCUAGAUGAUAUUGAUGAAGAUGAUCUCAUGGGUGAACUUGAUGCUUUGGAGGCAGACAUGGGUCAAGAAACUGAAGGUGAAGGGGUACCUUCAUAUCUUCAACCUGAUAAUGAGCCCGAUAUGAAUGAAGAGCUUAAUCUGCCUACAGCUCCAAGUGAACAUGCAGUGCCAGCUGGCAGAGUUAACAAUCAGGUAACUUUUUGUUGGAUAAGGUGUCUAAGUCCAUAACUUAUUUGGUAUAUACUUGACCCGACCCAACAUGGUCCAUUUGGGUUGCACUUCACCCGAACAAUUUAUAUGGAUAAUCUUAUGAGAAUAGUAUGUUUAUGAUUUAU